AAGAUUUUCACAAUAAAUAAUAUUGCAAUUCAAACCAUUUCCCCAUUUCAGAAAUGUCAUAUAUAUAAACACAUUCAAAUCAAGAAUCACAUCGAAUAAAAAUUCUUGCAUAAUUAGGGUUUGAUUUUGAUCCAAGAAAAAAACAAAAAAAUCAAAAACCCUAAUCUCAUUUUUGUGCAAGAAAUUGAAGAACAUGGGAAUCAAUAGUUUGAUGGUUCAAGGAACAACUCAAAAAUGCAAAGCUUGUGAGAAGACUGUUUAUUUGAUGGAUCAACUCAAUGCCGAUAAUAAAACCUAUCAUCGCGCUUGUUUUCGAUGCCGCCAUUGCAAUGGAACUCUCAAGCUUGGUAACUAUUGUUCGUACGAAGGCGUUCUCUAUUGCAAGCCUCAUUUUGCUCAACUUUUAAAGAAGACAGGCAGUCUAGAUAAGAGCUUCGAAGGUGCAUCAAAGAUGGUGAAGAUGGAGACGAACAACAGCAAAGUUUCGAGCAUGUUUGCCGGAACUCAGGACAAAUGUGUUGCCUGCAACAACAAGGUUUACCCUUUGGACAAGGUUGCAGUUGACGGCGCGGCUUACCACAGAUCGUGCUUCAAGUGCUGCCAUGGCGGCUGCGUUAUAAGUCCAUCAAACUACGUCGCUCACGAGCAUCGCCUCUAUUGCAGACAUCACCACACGCAGCUGUUCAAGGCGAAGGGAGAUUUCAGCCGAUUAGGGAAAUUCGAACAAGGUGAGACUGCAAUCAGAGCUCUCUGAAGAACAGAUUUGUCGAAUUGGUUAUUUUUCGGUAUUUUUCCUAUUCGGUUCUGAAUCCGGUCGAAUUUGUGGAGUUUUGUCCAUGAUAUGAUCAUUUGUUGCUGUUUUCUGCAUGAUAUGUUACAUAC